UUUUGAAACAAUUGUUUAUGUUUUGGGCAGGUGCGGACAGACCAUUUGGAAACUGCCCGAGGGCCCGGGGUCAGUAGGGGGCCCCAUGAGAUGCCCCUGGUACCUUUUUCAUAGGCUUUUUUGAGUUUGGGCAAGGACACAGGGGCCCCAUGAUCCCCUAUUGCCUGGGGGCCCCAUGUGUUGUCAGUCCGCCCCUGGUUUUGGGCAAUUUGACUAUUGUGAUGUGGUGCUUUAGUACUGUGAUGGCGUUUGAGGGGCCCGGGGUCAGUAGGGGGCCCCAUGAGAUGCCCCUGGAACCUUUUUCAUAGGCUUUUUUGAGUUUGGGCAAGGACACAGGGGCCCCAUGAUCCCCUAUUGCCCGGGGGCCCCAU